AUGCCCCCCCCAAUUGUGCCCGAGCCCCAGUUUCAGCCCCUUCAUGAUGUGCUAGCAAAAGCAUUUGCCAGCGAGCCAAAGAUCUGCUGUGCUUUCCUCAAUGACAAUGGCAGUCACUGUCAAUACACUCCGAAAUUUACGAAGAUUGAGGAUGCCAUGUACUGGGUUACAUUUGUGUCUCAAUCUUUGUAUUCAAUUCGCAAUCAACACUCCCCACUUCCGGGUUACAUGUCACAACUAUGCCAUUAUUGCUUGUGCAGUGAUCAUAGGUUUGGCGGCUACGCCAAUAGUAAAUGGGAGAAAGAUUUGAAGAACGAAGUCAUGAAAGAGAAGUUCAUUUCACUGCUGAAGACCAAUAAGAAAUGGCCGCCGCCUGUCAGGGUACUUGAAUUCAAUCCUUUCAAGUCUGACUUCCCCCUUCUCGACACAAUCAAGAGAGUCGAUAAAGUACUAGCCAAAGAUAUCAAUGGAAUCGACAAAGAUUAUCUAUAUGUCUUACGGUCCCCAUGGGCAGUGGGCAAGUUGAAGAUCGGGGUUUCGGCAGAACACCCGAGAACAGAUCGAUUCAAAGAGCACCUAAAGUGUUAUCCCGACUCCAAAAUGCUCAAUCAAUACGGAAUUCCUAAACGUGCCUAUCGUGUGGAGCAAAUUCUUCUGGCCCAGUUCCAAGGGAACCGUUUCAAGCUUAAAGACCAGUGCUGGGUAUGCGGUGAAAGACAUGAGGAAUGGCUAAAUAUCGAUGAAGAGACUCUAUUUGACUGGAUUGAUGAAUGGGUCGAUUUUUUUAUUCGGGGUCCUGUCUUCCCAGUGUAUGACAAGAAGGGACGCUUCAAUGCUAAGGCACUGGAGUGUAGUCCUCUUCGGGAUUCACCUGAGGGGCCCACGAAAAUCACUCCCAUCAAAAAGGGUGCCCUAUUUUUAUCGGGCUCAACAACUCCGCCGAAUGAAAGACCUAGUCCAAUUUCCAAAUUAGUUGGGGACAAGGAGCCCAGUUGGGAAAUGCCUGAGAACCCCGAUUCCACCCCUACGAAGAGCAAUGACCGCCUCUCACGCGAGCCGACUCCGUUGAAUGACAGCCCUGAUCCGUUUUCCGAAUUUGGAUCAGAUCGAAACCAUAAAAAAGUCAACAGCAAUUCGCUGGGGAUCCCCGAGUCCACCCCUACCAAGAAUAGUCGUCGCUCCUCAUUACGCUCGUCAACCCCGUUGAAUGACAGUCCUGUUCCUUCCAAAUUGACUGGGGAUGUUGAGAAGACUAGCAAGAAUUCGCUCAAGCUUCCCGAUUCCAACCCUACCAAGAACCAUCGUCGUUCAUUGUCACCUUCGCCAUCAACCUCGCCAACUCCGCUGGAUGAGCGCCCUAUCUCGUCUCGCAAAAUAAGAGGCGAUGUCAAGAAGAGCGUGGACUCAGCGUUAGACACUCCUUUGAUCUCGGGCGUGGACUCCCUGACGAUUAACUCCAGUCAACGAAGGACCAGUGCGAGACUGAAGACGCCAGUGAAAUAG